AUGGAUUACAUGUCUGUCUAUAAUGGAAGUGAGGAUGUGGGUUACCCAACAGGACUGCCUUUCAAUUUGACUGGUGACUACGAGGACUAUGAGCAGGAGCCUGACGCUAGCAAGAUAAUCAUCCCCUCCAUCUAUGCACUGGUAUGCUGUGUGGGGGUUACUGGGAACGCCAUGGUCAUCUACGUCAUUCUGAAGUACGCCAAGAUGAAAACGGCCACCAACAUCUAUAUCCUGAACCUGGCCAUUGCGGACGAGCUCUUCAUGUUGAGUGUUCCCUUCUUGGCCACGUCUGCUGCUAUGCAUCACUGGCCCUUUGGUUCCUUCAUGUGUCGGCUGGUGUUGAGCAUGGACGGUAUCAACAUGUUCACCAGCAUCUUCUGUCUCACGGUCCUCAGUGUGGACCGCUACAUCGCAGUGGUGCAUCCAAUCAAAGCGGCUCGUUACCGCAGACCCACUGUGGCCAAAGUGGUGAACGUUUGCGUUUGGGGACUCUCGCUACUGGUCAUCUUACCCAUUAUAAUUUUUGCCGACACCGUGCCAGCGCAAGAUGGCGGAGUGGACUGUAACUUCCUGUGGCCCGAAGCCUCGUGGUCCGAAGCAUUUGUCGUGUACACAUUCCUGCUGGGGUUCCUACUGCCCGUAGCAGCUAUUUGUCUGUGUUACUGUCUGAUCGUGGUGCGGAUGCGUGCCGUGGGCCUGAAGGCUGGCUGGCUCCAGCGGCGACGCUCGGAGAAAAAGAUCACCCGCAUGGUACUGCUGGUGGUGGCGGUUUUUGUGGUUUGCUGGAUGCCCUUCUACAUUGUCCAGCUGGUCAGUGUCUUCCGCCACCCUCCGGACCCCAUGGUCACCCAGCUCUUUGUCAUCCUCAGCUACGCCAACAGCGGCGCUAAUCCCAUCCUCUACGGCUUUGUCUCAGACAACUUCCGUCGCUCCUUCCAGCGCAUCGUCUGCUUCCGCUGGAUGGAGAAUGGACUGGAUGCGGAGCAGGUGGACUACUGUGCCGUGGCCCUGAAACGGCAGACGACCUGUGGCCCUCAGGACUUUCCUAAGGAGUGUCUCGUCUCCGACAUGGUUUUCCGGAAUGGUACCUGCACCUCCCGCACCACCACACUAUGA